GGUUCGUGCUCGCUCUCUCCACGCACGCAGCGGCAGCGUGGGUGCCGUCCCUGCCGGCUUUGUGCCCUGAAGCCCCGUCCCUCCUCUUCCUCCACCUCCCCCCCCCGCCGCCGUAAAGCCUUAACAAGGCUCCGAGAAGCAUCCGCAAGCGCCGCAGCCGCUUGCUCAAACCACCUCCAAAAGCAGCGACCGCAACAAAAAGCCUUUUUCUUUUUUAUUAUUAUUCUUUUUUCCCCUCCUUCCUCUUUUUCUUCUCCCUCCUUUCCCCCCCGCAAACGCAUCAAGGUGGACGCGGAGCGCAAAAAGACCUUUCUUUUAAAAAUGCCCAUGGAGCUGACGCAAAGCCGCAUCCAGAAGAUCUGGCUUCCCAGUGACAACCGCCCGGCGCUGCCCCGCCGCUCCUGUGGGCCACAGCUUGCCAAUUCCCCCACUGUGAUAGUGAUGGUUGGCCUCCCAGCCCGAGGGAAGACCUACAUCUCCAAGAAGCUGACUCGCUACCUCAACUGGAUUGGUGUCCCAACAAAAGUUUUCAACGUAGGGGAGUAUCGCCGGGAGGCGGUGAAGCAUUACAGCUCCUAUGACUUCUUCCGCCCUGACAAUGAGGAGGCCAUGAAAGUCAGGAGGCAAUGUGCCCUGGCUGCCCUGAGGGAUGUCAAGCUGUACCUGACGGAGGAGGCUGGCCAGAUCGCGGUUUUUGAUGCCACCAAUACCACGCGAGAGAGGAGAGGGUUGAUCCUAAACUUUGCCAAAGAAAAUGGGUUCAAGGUGUUCUUCAUUGAAUCUGUCUGCAAUGAUCCCACGGUAGUUGCCAGCAACGUUAUGGAAGUAAAAUUGUCCAGCCCUGAUUACCGGGACUGUAAUUCAACUGAUGCCAUGGAGGACUUCAUGAAGAGGAUCAACUGUUACCAAGCCAGCUACCAGCCACUUGACCCUGAUGACUAUGACCGGGAGCUUUCUCUCAUCAAAGUCAUCGAUGUUGGCCAGCAGUUCCUGGUCAACAGGGUUCAGGAUCACAUCCAGAGCAGGAUUGUUUACUACCUGAUGAACAUCCAUGUCCAGCCCCGCACCAUUUACCUUUGUCGACAUGGCGAAAGCGAGUCCAACCUCAAGGCUCGGCUCGGAGGUGACUCGGGCCUCUCCAACAGGGGCAAGAAGUUUGCACUGGCACUGAACAAGUUUGUUGAAGAGCAGAACCUGAAGGACCUCAAAGUCUGGACCAGCCAACUAAAGAGGACAAUCCAAACAGCAGAAGCUCUCCAGCUGCCCUAUGAGCAGUGGAAGGCACUCAAUGAAAUCGAUGCUGGUGUGUGUGAAGAAAUGACAUAUGAAGAAAUCAGGGAGCAGUAUCCAGAGGAAUUUGCUUUACGUGAUCAGGAUAAAUAUUACUACCGCUAUCCUUCUGGGGAGUCCUACCAAGACCUGGUGCAGCGCUUGGAGCCGGUCAUCAUGGAGCUGGAGAGACAAGAGAAUGUCCUUGUGAUCUGUCACCAGGCCGUCAUGCGCUGUCUCCUGGCAUACUUCCUGGACAAAAGUGCGGAUGAAAUGCCUUACCUGAAGUGUCCCCUUCACACAGUGUUGAAGCUGACCCCGGUGGCCUAUGGCUGCCGGGUGGAGUCCAUCUCGCUGAACAUUGAAGCUGUCAACACCCACAGGGAACGGCCAGAGGAAGCAAAGAAGGGACCUAACCCGCUCAUGAGACGUAAUAGCGUUACCCCUCUAGCAAGCCCAGAGCCCACCAAAAAACCUCGCAUCAACAGCUUUGAGGAGCAUGUGGCUGUUCCUUCCGCCCUGCCGGGCUGUGUUCCUCAGGAAGUGCCCACGCAGCUGCCGGGACAACCUUUACUAGGGAAGGCAUGCCUACGACCUGUUUGUCACUUUCUCAAAGUUUUCUCUUUACUAAUAUUUCCAAGAACAUGAACAACUCGCAGAAGCCGUCGUGACUCCGAUGGCGCUGUUGUGAGGCCACCAGCGACACCAGUGGCGACGCCAGCUUCCCAUCCCAUCGCCAUUUCUGAAGCUUGCUUAUAAACCAGUUGGCAAGGUUGGCCCUCAGCUGUUUCUACCCACACCCGUUCAUCUGCAAACUGCUCUGCUGAAGGCGGAGAGAUGCGGGAGAGCAGAGGAGAGGAGCCGAGCUCCCUGGGGUCACCGCCACAUCUUUAAGCUGCGGCAUUUGCUCUCCUCUCCAGUGUCCUAUUAGAUCAUAGCAAGCUGUAAAGUGCUUCUAGUGCACAGGAGUUUAAUUUUCCUCUCUGUAAGCCGUUUUGAUCUUCUUUUCUAUAGAUGAUUGGUACCCAUCCAUAUCCGGGUGGGUUGUGUAUAUAUGUGGAUGGUGCAGGGUUAGCAGAGAAAUAGGGGGAAGGGGAGGGGGGACUGAAGGGGUUUUGCAUUUUUUUUUAUUUUUAUUGUUAUUAAUUACUUUUCAACAAAGUCCCUAAUGUGCUGUGCUGCAGUCCUUUACCCACACUACAGCCUGUUGCACACGCAAGCCUGACUCACCCAGGUUCGAGAGCACCAGGAAGGCAGUUGUGUCAAGUCUUCCACAGCAAGAACUGCUGGGUUUAACCAAAAAAGGACCCCAAAACAUUCUUUUCCUUCUUUCCUUUUUUAUUUUUUUUUAAUCAAUACACCUUAAAGGGGGUUGCAGAGAAUCUAGACCUGCUUCUAGAACUGCUCAUGAGCUGCCUGUAGUACAGGGGUAGCCACGCUGGGGGUGGCUCGGGCGAUGCUUUCAUCUCAACGUGAAGGGAUAGUCUGAGUUCAGGUGUGUGUUGAUUUUUGGGGAGACUGAGGACCAGUUGAGGUAUAUGCCGGUACUUCAUCUCCCCUUUCCUCUUCCCUGGAGGAAAGCAGAGAUUUUGCAAGAGGGGGUUGAAUCCCUGCAGCGUUGCAGGUGGGCAGGCUGAGCUAGAUGCGUUUUGCAGACACACAGGUCUUGUGGAGGUGGCCAGAGGUCUGGCUGGGAUGCAGGAGUCCCUGUAUGGCUGCAAAAAGGCACAAGAAGGGACAGUUUUGUCUGUGUUCUUUCUCUUUUUAUUUUUUUUAAUUUAAUAUAUAUACAUGCUCACACACAUGUGUGUGUCUGUGUGUAUACCUAGAAACCGCUUGGUUUUUGCACUUUAUUUGUGGCAGAAGCAUAACUGUUAUUUUUUCAAGUUGUGCCCCUUAACAGGGGAAGCCUGAAUACAGGCAGCUUUUUUUUUUUUUUUUUAAUUUUCUAUUUUGCAUGCUGGAAAGCUGGGACUAAAAAAACACAUAGUAGUUAUGGUGUUCAAGGUCUGUGUGUAUGGGGGGGAAAAUAGGGCAAGGUCCUGACGUAGACUCCAUCAGCCAACUCCCAGUGGUUUGAUACGAGAGAUUCUUUCUUGGCAGCCUGUCCCAGGCUGCGAGACAGAGCUAAAAAUGGCAAUUAACCACUAUUGCUUUGUACAUAAGUCUGGAUUUUGAAAAUUUUUUUGGCGUUUUUUUGUCUGUUUUUAGGGUUCUGGGUUGGGUGUUGGUGUUUGGGGUUUUUUCCCUCCCACUUGUAUGUGCUUCUUCUCCAUCCUCACCUUGUGCUUUUUGGCUGCAUCACUAAGCUGGAGGCAGAAGGUGCAGGCAGCCAAGCCCUCUUGCAGCACUGGACUGGGUGUUUGGAGAUGGGCAGCUCCCUGGCUUCAUCUUCCCAUGGGUUUCCCCAGCCCACUGGGUAGGAAACAACAUCCCUGCGGAUGGGAGUAGACAGCUUUGGGGAGAAGUCAUGAUUUUUAAAAUUUCUGUGUAUGUUUGUGCAUGUAUGUUUUUUGGGGGGGUUGCUCUGUUUUUUUCCUUUGGGGAAAAGGUGAACCACAGUGCCUAGCGCUUCAGCCUCAUGCAGACAAAGCAUGUGCUCGGAGCGGCACCGACAACGGGGGGGGGGGGGGGGGGGUCCAUGCCCAACUGGGGCAGGCGGCCUUGGCAGUGCCCUGCCUGUGUGAGCUUGUGCAUAUGUGUAUUAUAGUCCUGUACAGAUGAAACAAAGAAAUUUCCCUCCCACACCCUUUUUUUUUUUUAAUAACUGCGUUAAAAGCAGGCUUCUCCCUAUGUACGCAGUCAACAUCUGCUUUUUUGGUUUAUCUGACCUGGAGAAAAACGGAUGUUUUGGGAAGGCAAGUCACUUGUCUUUUCAGCCUCCUUCCUGGGGAGUUUUAUCUUUCUCCUCCUGCUAGGGUAAGAUAAGCCGGCAAAUGCAAACAUGACAUCUGGCUGCCCCUUAAUCAAUCCUGUACACAUGUAAUUCUGCAGAUGUUUUGGGGUGUAUUUGUGUGUGUGUGUAUGUAUAUAUAUAUAUAUAAAAAAUAUAUAUAUAUAAAAAAAAAAUCAAACAGCAAAAAACCUUCAUGACCCUAAAUGUUCUUCCUUUGGGAUUAAUAGAAGUCUUGAAGAUCUACAAAAAGAUGAUAUUGGAACUUGGCAUUUUUUUCCAGCAAGGGGAAAAUUGGUCUUUGAGCAGCAAAGAGGUCCUCUCGUGCUGGAGGGGUUGGCAGUAAAUGGGAUGGUGUCAACCCUGUGCAAUCAUGCUGCCCCUCUGUUUUGGUUAACAGAGCCAAGGACUGGGCAGUGAUGCUCCAGCCAAGGCAGGUGGGGAGGGGGGACUUGCCAAACUACACUGAUGGGUUCUUCCCCCUGCUUGUUUUGUUUUCCUUUGUGAUACUUGAAAUUUUUUUUGUUUGAUAGCAAAGCGCUCUUUAUUUAUUUAAUGUAUACUGCAAAGCUUGGAGAAGGGUAGUUACUUGGGAUUUUUUAAUUGUGGUAUGUUAACUGUUCUGUAUAUAAGUCUGGAAUAAUUGCCUGAUACAAAGCUGUGCCAGCUUGAAAACAGGGUAUGCCUUUCAGAAAUUUGUAUAUUUUGCAGUUGCUGGACCAAUAAAAAAAUCUUGUUAAAAUACA